AUGCUAGUACAUGGGAAAGAAGACUUCCUCUCAGACGUAGCUUACAUCGUCUUGGAACUGGUCAUUGCGGUGCUGGCCAUCCUGGGGAACAUCCUGGUCUGCUGGGCAGUCUAUUUGAAUAGCAACUUGCAGAACGUCACCAACUAUUUCGUGGUGUCCCUGGCUGCUGCUGACAUUGCCGUGGGCGUGCUGGCAAUCCCCUUUGCCAUCACCAUCAGCACUGGCUUCUGUGCCUUCUUCUAUGGCUGCCUCUUCAUUGCCUGCUUCGUCCUGGUCUUGACUCAGAGUUCGAUCUUCAGCCUCCUUGCCAUUGCCAUUGACAGAAUCAUUGCGAUCCGCAUACCCCUCAGGUACAAUGGCUUGGUGACUGGCUCUCGAGCUAAAGGUAUCAUUGCCAUCUGCUGGGUAUUAUCUUUCAUCAUCGGCUUGACACCAAUGCUAGGGUGGCACAAUCGCUCCCAGAUCGAAGACCUGGGCUCCAAUAAGUCCUCUCCCAUCAACUGCAGCAACAGUAUGGUGGCAUGUCUCUUUGAGGCUGUGGUCACCAUGGAGUACAUGGUCUACUACAACUUCUUUGCCUGUGUGCUCUUGCCCCUCCUCCUCAUGUUUGGUAUCUACUUGAAAAUCUUCAUGGCAGCCCGCCGACAGCUCAAGCAGAUGGAGAACAAGAUGGUACACGGGGAACGUUCUCGCUCCACUUUGCAGAAGGAAGUCCACGCAGCUAAGUCUUUAGCCAUCAUUGUAGGGUUGUUUGCAGUCUGCUGGCUUCCACUACAUAUUAUUAACUGCUUUACCCUUUUUUGCCCAAAUUGUGCCCAUGCUCCCCUCUGGCUGAUGUAUCUGGCUAUUAUCCUGUCUCAUGCCAACUCGGUUGUAAAUCCUCUAAUUUAUGCCUACCGAAUCAGGGAGUUCCGAUACACCUUCCGUAAAAUCAUCAGCCAGCAUAUCCUGGGCCGGAAGGAGCCGUUCAAGGCAGGAACAGCCAGCUCUAGGACUUCCACUCACGGUGGGGACGCAGAGAACGCCAGCCUACGCAUCAGUGAGUAUGCAUUAGAGGUAUACACCAAUGGAGAGAUCCACAGGGAUCCCGAAAAGCAGGACCUAAACAAAUGCAAAGCCGGCGUGGAAUGGCACCAGAAUGGAAAUGCUAUGGAUGUGGAGACAAAUGGGCAUCUCCCACAUUCCUGCAAAAACGGGAUUCUCUCAGAUGUGUGCAUGAACAGGGAGUUUCAUGGUGAAGAGCUAAUUGAUGCCCAGGUGUCUUACUCAGAUCUAGAAAGAGCAGCCUUCGCAGCAGCUGAUGUUUCCUGA